GUGGGGCUCCCCCUGGCCAGGGGUUCCGGGGUCACCCCGGGCGCUGCGUGCGGCCCUGGGGGGCGGGCUCCUUGGCCUCCAGCUGUGGAGGUUUCGAUCUGACUCCUCUGACUUCGGAAGCGUCACCUGGUCUUUCGCCAAGGGAUGGAUGACGCCGACUCGCCAGCGCUGGUGCAGAGGGUCCUAGCGGCCAGCGAGGGGGCCACUGAAUUCCUCUCGCUCAUCGGCGCGGAGGAGCUGAGCCCCUGUCUCUUUGCGGAGUCGCUGGUCAUGGUCUCGGAGAGCGGCCGGCCGCUCGGGCACUUCUCAAUCUCGGUGCAGCCGGCCUGCUAUGAGGAGCAGGGCGGGCAGGAAGAGGACUGCUACCUGGUCCAUGCCGCCAGCCAGGGCACCAUCAACGAAGUGCCCUGCGGCUCCUCCAUCACAGCUUACGUAUCAAAGCGGCUGGAAACCCUGGAGCAGCAUCAGCAGGAAUACGUGAAGUUCAGAGCCCACCCCCUGGACAGAAAGACCCACGUAGUGAAGCGCGGAGGCAGGCUGGUUGUCACGAAAAUCAUUGAGGAAGGAGGGCAUGAGGUCCAGACCCAGAGCGUCUCCUACAACUGCGCCUCCCUGCACGGCCUCAUCUCGGAAGCUGCCAACUUGCUGGUGCUGCGGGUGCUGGCCAGGCGAAGGGCCGUGCCCCAGAACACCACCUUCCUGACCUUCGACACCGAGGCCCGCGUCUGCACCUCCACCUACACCGCCAUGGGCUUCCAGAAGCAGCUGGUGGGCAUGACGGAGGUGGAGGUGUUUGUGAUUGGGCGGGCCGUGAGCCCGGACGAGGGCAUCCCCAUGACCUGGCAGUUCUACUUCCUCUCCGACGGACAUUUGGCCCGUCGUGUCCAGGUUGGGUCCCCAGCCACCAUGGUGCUCCAGCAGCUGCCCGUUCUCAUCGAUGUAGAUGAAGUGGAGCCCCGGCCCGUCUUCGAUCAGAAGCCCCUGGACUGGGAGGAAGACGUGCAGCUCUACUCCCAGUUCCUGGACAGGAAGGAGGAGCUGCAGGCCGGCCACGCCUCCUAUGCCCGGCGCCACCCGGAGCUGCGCACCCUGCUGGCCGACUUCCUGCAGCUCCUGCUGCUGCACAAGCCCGACGACGUCCUCACCUUCGCCGCCGAGUUCUUCGCCCCGUUCGCCAGGCAGCGCCCGCCGGGCAGCAGCUUCCAGGCCUCCGGCAAGCCCAGCCCCUUCCGCGGCCGCGUCUGAAGGGCCGGCCGCCUCCGGGCAUUAAACCGGCGGGCAGCAGCUUCCAAGCACUGGGCUCUGUUCAUUUAACCCGGGGCGGAAAGAGUCCGUGUGGGGCAGGGGGAGUCACUCCCAAUGGGGUUAGGGCAUCCUCCGGUCAGUUACAUGGGAGGGGCUUAACCCCCGGCCCCU